GGGCAGCCGGGCGCGGAGAGGCCGGGCGGGCGGGCGCUUUGUUCCGGGACUGGAGGUGUGGCCGGUCUGGCUCCUCGGCUCGGGCUCCGCACGCACCGGGCGCCCGGGGCUGGUUGUGCGUGGCCUCUUGUCCCCAUCACGGGCUCCGGCAUAACGGUGCGCGUUGAAGGAAUCGGUCACCAUCCGGACCCCAGUGGGGACGGCCUGCUUGCAGCUCCGAGACCCUUUGCUGGUAGUCACCCCUGGGGUCCUCGGCUGCCCGGGGAGCUUCAGAAUUCCACGCACAAGUUUCCAGAAGGGUCUUUGUGCCUGGGCAGCUGAGGAGAAGUAGUGCUGGAGAACUGGGUGGUCGACACUGGAGGAAGCAGCCCUGGUAGAGGGCAGACUCUAGCUACUGAAGUGGGCAAGCCCAUGCAGCAGAAUUACUGGACCUUGGCCUUGAAUUUGAGCCACUCCAGGAAGCCGUGAGCAGGAGGCAGCCCUGCCACUCACAGAACCUGUGUCAAUCAGGGGCUCUACUCCUCACUCCUGGAUUGAGAGCCUCUCUUUUCUGUUUACCCUGCCUUUGCUGAGGAUUAGGGGAAGUGGGUGGGAUUCCCAAGGCCAGGUCUGACCUACAGGAAACAUGGCAACCAGCGCCGUUCCCAGUGACAACCUUCCUACAUAUAAACUGGUGGUGGUGGGAGAUGGAGGUGUGGGGAAAAGUGCCCUCACCAUCCAGUUUUUCCAGAAGAUCUUUGUGCCUGACUAUGACCCCACCAUCGAAGACUCCUACCUGAAACAUACAGAGAUUGACAAUCAAUGGGCCAUCUUGGAUGUUCUGGACACCGCCGGGCAGGAGGAGUUCAGUGCUAUGCGAGAGCAGUACAUGCGCACCGGGGAUGGCUUCCUCAUCGUCUACUCCGUCACUGACAAGGCCAGCUUCGAGCACGUGGACCGCUUUCACCAGCUAAUCCUGCGUGUCAAGGACAGGGAAUCGUUCCCAAUGAUCCUCGUGGCUAACAAGGUUGAUUUGAUGCACCUGAGGAAAAUUACCAGGGAGCAAGGAAAAGAAAUGGCGACCAAACACAAUAUCCCAUAUAUAGAAACCAGUGCUAAGGACCCACCUCUUAAUGUGGACAAAGCCUUCCAUGACCUCGUUAGAGUAAUUAGGCAACAGAUUCCAGAGAAAAGCCAGAAGAAGAAGAAAAAAACAAAGUGGCGGGGAGACCGGACCACUGGCACCCACAAACUGCAGUGCGUGAUCUUGUGACAGCCUGAGGCCCUGGGCAUAGCAACUGUGAACUGUCAGCCCCUCUGGACCUGCCCACUGCCUAAUUGCACUGAGAAUCAUUUCUAACCACAACCCUUGGCCCUGGACCGGGCACAGAAAGGGAGGAAGGGAGGAUAGGUGGGAGCCAACAGGGUCUGGCUUUGCUAUCUCUCCCAGGAGACAAGCAACAAUAUCUAAGCCUUUCAUGUACUGAUUCAGCCCACUGUCCAGUCUCUUGGUAGGUGUGUUGUUUCUCUUAACUACAUAGGGCUAAUAGGGCGUGGAAGCGUUUAUCCACAUACAAGGUAUCAGACAAGCCAUGAACAAGCUUCCUCCCCUGCCCCUAUCUACCAUAUCUGAGAUCAGAUGUCUUUUGUAGAUUUUUAAAUUAUUUGAGUAAUGAUUAUUUUAUUAAAAGGGUCUGUGCCCACUGCCUGGUGAAGCCCCAAGUCUUUGGCAGACCUCUCUGAUAAUGUCUCUGACUGAGUGUUCCCAGCAGUGCCAAACUCCAUCUGGGAUGAAAGCAGACUGUCAGAGAGGGCAGAAGUUGGUGAUGACCUUUCUAGAAACCUUGGGCUAUGAGUCAAACCCAGGAGGAAAACGGGCACUGAAGACUGGAGAGAAGGAGAUAGAUUUACCCAGAGGGAUUUGGUGUGGUUGAAAACGCAGAGGUUAGAAAACACAUCCCCACCACCCCCACCCUGAGUAGCAGGUGGGCACAAGUCACUUCUAGAGAGAUUUUCGUGGUCCUGAGAGUGGCUGAGGUGAGCUGACUGGCUUUGCAGAAGUGUUUCUAUUCCCAGACAUGGAUAGGACAUCACCAGUGUUGCUGGUGCCUUUGACACAAACACACAGACACAUCAAGGAAGCAAAUGUGACACCAUCCAGAAAGCUCUAUUUCCAGGAAUUGUAACUGAAAGUCUUCAAUACUGUUAUCACUGAACAUCAGGACCUAGGCCAUAAACGGACCCCUUUCUAGCAUCAGCAGCAGCGCAGUCUUACUGGUAUACACACCUAUAACCCUCUUCUAAGUCUUAAUAAUAUCGGAUCAAAAGAGAAAGGAAAGUUGGAAGGUUUGAAAGUUGAGUUGAUGACAUGGCUCCCAUACACCUGUUUUGGCAAGGGAUAGUCCUGUCCAUCCCCUUCUCCCUGACGAUGAUGCAGCCCUUCCUCUCUGGUGCUGCUAGUGGAAUAAAGACAGGAUUUUCCCAGACAGGAUCAGGGUAGAGGGUUAGCAGGAAGAUCUUCCUGCAAAAAGGUCAGAAUAUGCACAGCACAUGUAGCAAGCUCAUUUUCCAGCUGCUUCGAAGGUCAGGUCUCUGCGCGAGCAGAGCAUCUCCACAGUUUGCCUGGCUUCUCCGGAGAAAGAGACUCAUGACAGAAAUCCAAGGAAAGUGAACACCUCACUGGAUGUCCAGCCUCAUCAUUCUUCUCCAAUCCAGAAAGAUUUAGGCUCCUCACACAGGGUCACCAGCACAGAGGGACCCCAGCAAGGAAUCAUUCUGCUGCCGAAGAAAACAGAAAUCAACUAGCUGAAAAUCAAACUUCUUAUAUGUCAAAAUGAACCCUUUUUUCUAUCCUUAAAAAGAAGAAUUAGAACAUUCCAGAUGAGGCAUGUCACAGUUUCCAAGGUCCUAUAAUAUUUAUGAAUAUCUUCUGUACUCAAAGAACCAGGCUUAGGUUCCCUGAGCCUCACUAUGGCUGCUGCAGCCUGCAGAGGAGGGAGGGCAGGCAGAAAGGAGCAAGGAUGGGAUGCUCUGUGUGAAGUGCUGAGCCAGGAGGCCCUGGACUCAGGGCAGCAGCCAGUCCUAGAGAGCUCCCACUCAUACAUACACCCGACAUCAGCUCCCCCCAUCACUGUGGAGCUGAGCGCCCCCCACAGUGCUGAGUUGGGAAGUCUCCCCAGAAGCAGAUCAGUUGGCCAUACAGGUAAUGGGAGGGGAGGUUCCUGCCACUUCUGCCCGCUUCAGAAGAAGCAGUGCAUCCAGACCCAUCCCUCAGAGCAUCCUGAACAGCUGACAGAUUAACUCCACAUGCUGAGGGAGAAACAGGCGAACAUCUGGCCUUCUGCAGCCUCUGAUCUGGGGCUCCUGGUAAGCUUUCAUUGUCCAUGGCCCAUAGGCAAGAUGAUCAGCAUGCUUUUUUCCAGUGAGGUAGGGUAAAGUGUACCCAGCACAUCUCCAUUAACAACUGACAGUCUGGGAAACUUGGCUGGCCACUGGAAAUGUGGCUGUAUGACUGAGGACCUACCUGCUGGCUCUGGCUAAGUUGUCAUUCUGAUGUUCCCAUUCGUUUUCUAGGAAACUGUGUCCCCUUCUUAUCCCCUGGGGCACACCUUCCUGAAAUCCUGUCACCCUGCCUAUCGUGUGUUCUGAUUUUCUCCUGCUGUUCUGAUAGCUCCUUAGAUGCUCUUUAUCUCCUCAGAGCUAAUCCUAACCAUCUCUCCAUCCCCAGAAUGGGGCUAUGCGAUGGCCACUUUCCUCCCAAGCACUUUUCCAUACAGGAUGCUCCUCUUGGGAUAUUCCCACCUCCUCCUGGCUCUUGCUGUGGAAAGUACCUGACUGGUUUAGAGUGGUCUGUCAUGCCUACCAAGGGACAUGACCCAGUAAUAUGAGCCAGCUCUAACCCAAAGGCCUCUCAGGCCUGCUAUAGUAAGCCCAGAGCCACAGAGAGGGUCCUCUCCAUCAACAGCCCAUCUAGGUCAAGAUUCCAUGUUGGGCUGGGUUUACCAAGAAUGCCAGAUACUUUGAGUUACUGAGCCCCUUUGAGUGCCCAGCCUUCUACGACACAAUAUUAGCUGGUGGCCAUUGUUAUGAAACAAGUGAUCAUCUCAGUGCUUGAGCCUUUUAUGUAACUUUUUAUCAAGUCUUUGUGUAUCCCUACUUAUUAAUAAAGAAACAAAAAGAAA